AUGACUCUUUUGUCUUAUGGUGAGGCUCAUAUAUCUGUUGUCAUUGACGGGUUCUCCUCUUCAUCCUACAACGAAUUGGCCCUUUCCUGUACGAUCAGCCCAAUCCACAGCUUUGCUGAUGAAGGCACUCUACAUGCAGGAAUUCACAGCGAUAACUCGAUCUCUGACGGUGAGCUGGAAAAAAGAAGUACACAGUACUGUACCUUGACGAACAAAAAGCGUCCUAGCGCUCAUUCGGCCCGUUUAUUUCAGCUGGUUGGACUCAAGAUCACCGAGGACUUGAUCUCGCAUGAACACAUCUCGUCAAUAGCGAAGUACUUUUUGCAUGACUUCCUCACUCUAUACAAGGUCCAGAUAAGACCUAGCCUGGAGUAUUGCUCACACGAUUGGGGUGCUAGGAGGGCUACCCAGCUGGUGACGAGCCCUACUUCUUUCCCCCGCAUUUCAUCUAAGAUCUAUCAUUACAACUACAGGCCUAUAGCUAUGCUUUCUGUUAUAAGUAAGGUGAUGGAGAGGUGCAUACAUCGAGAGCUUCUGGACGACAGGCACCAGCGAUCCACAGGGGACCUCCUUACUUACUUACUGUCUGUUUUCGGCAACGAAGCGCCACAUCAUCUUAGCGACGAUCCCAGGGUGGGUGCACCAAAAACGGCAGUCACCCAGGAAAACGUCGAUGCUGUGCGCAAACUCAUCAUUGAAGAUAGACAUGUGACAUAUCACGAGAUUGAGGCGUCCUUGAAGAUCUCAAUUCAAAAAAAUUUACAUGAACAAUUGGGAGUAAGAAAAUUAGUUUCUCGUUGGAUACUCCACCUGUUGACUGAAGAGCAGAAAGCAGACAGGGUUAAUUGGUGUCAAAACACCAUUGUUAGUGGUGAUGAAUCGUGGAUUUACUGUUAUGAACCAGAAAAUAAACGACAGUCGGCUGUUUGGGUGUUCCAAGGUAAAGAAAAGCCAACAAAACGAAUAACUGCUACUGUGGAUUGGUAUACCACCAUUUGUUUGCCAAAAGUCAUCACCGAGCUUCGAAAAAUCAAGCCCAAAAGAAGAAUCAUCCUCCACCAAUGCAAUGCAAGCUCGCACACAGACCAAAAAACAAGACAGUAUUUAACGGAAGAAAACGUGGAAAUAUUGGACCAUCCUUCAUAUAGUCCCGAUCUAAGUCCUAAGGAUUUCUUUAUUUUCCCGAAAACUAAAAACAGACUGUGUGGUCAAAGGUUCCAGUCACCAAAAAAAUCAGUUGACGCAUUCAAAAGUGCUGUUUUGGAUCUGCCAGCAAACAAGUGGAAUAAGUGCUUCGAAAAUUGGUUCGAGCGCAUGCAGACGUGUAUUAUUCUUCGUGGAGAAUACUUCGAAAAACAAUAAAGCCAUUUAAAACUA